AUGACUUACAAGUUUGCUUGUGGGUCUUGGAUCGAAAGAACUUCAAUUCCCGAUGACGAGUUCGAAAUGAAUCCAUUCAGAGUUUUGAAUAACAAAAGCAGGAUUCAACUUCAAACGACUAAAGUUAUCGCUGACGCUCCGGAACCAUUAAAUUCUUACAUCAGUUUCCCCAGAAAUAUCGGCAUUAAAUUUGGUUUUGCGACUAAAAUUAUCACUCUAAACAAAAUAGCCGCAGAGAUGCGCUCCUCAAUGAAUUUUGAAAACAGAUGGGUCUUGAGAUCCGCUCUGAACUUCGCAAGUGAUGGAGAAAUAGUUAGAGAAGUAGGUAGAGAGUUCCAGAGAAAAGGACCAGAAAAAGCAAAAGCAGAUUUGGCAAAAGAGUGUUUAACACGAGUUAAGAAAAAGCGAGAAGAAGAAGACGAUCGUAAACCGGGGCGUUUAGGUUCAAUUAAUAUAUCUGAUAAGUACUUUGGAAAUAAUUUAGAUUGA